AUGGGCUCGUCGCAGGAACCAGCAUUAGCUCAGAUGGCACCUCAACAGCCCAAAAAACGCAAAUGCUGUUCCGCCUCUUCGUCGCUAGUGCAAAGGUAUAAGAAAAGAUGCUCCAAACAGGAUCGUGGAGCUAUGGGCGAAAACCCGAUUCCUCGGGCAGUGACGCCUCAAUAUGUCGACUAUAUGGAGGAUUUCGCCGCCAAUGCAGAGUACGACUGUCCCCAUGACCACAUCGACACCUGGCUUGAAGAAGUUUACCCAACUGAAAUCAGCGAAAACUUCUCCCGCUCAGAAGGCAGUGUCGAUGUUGACCCCGAAGACGGCGACUCUAUAUUUGAUAGACAGAGUCAUACACAACCCGCACCUACAAUCGCGGCUAGGGUUCACGUCCGCCUCAACGGCCGAGGAGCUGCCCCCUCCUCAUUUCUGGCAGCUACUUCCGGAGUUUCUACAGAUUCAUCUCAAAGUGAAGUGGUAGGCUCUUAUUGCCCACCUACUACUAACACUCCUAGCCGAUCCUGCGGCUCUCUCGUCGAAAAUCCUCGCUACAGAGACACCCACCUAAUUUUUGACAAAAUCUCCGUUGUCAAUUCCCGAAAGGAGUUGCCAAAUCACAUCUCGGCCAUUGCUAAGUCUUUGACACCAGAUCGAGUCUCCAUCCUACCUUCUCCUGAACAUGCUGAAGACAACAACGAACUUCUCGCCAUGGAGCUAGAAGCCAGCGAGGCAAACGUUGAGAACUUCUUCCGCGACAAUAUUAUUCCUCGCUCUUCACAGGACAAUGCUCUCUUGCGCAGUGAUCGCAUUAUCAUGAGAAAGGACACUAUGGUUUCCAGGAUGCAGAACUUCGAGAUCAGCACUCCUAUUCCUGGCAUGCUUUAUGGCUACAACAGAUCCAAUGCCUUUGAACAGGAGCAGCAAAUUUGGAUCGCUACUACAGGUAGCUCAGCUUGCGCCAAUGUUGAAGAACUUCUAUAUCCCUUCACGGCGGUCGAGUUCAAAGGCGAUGGACCUUCGAGCCGUGGCAGUCUCUGGAUUGCAACGAACCAGUGCCUUGGUGUAUCCAUCGCCUGUAUCAACAUUAUCGAGAAGCUCAAAGAGAAGGUUUGCAACUGCAAACACGUGUCUACCUGGAAGAUUAACAGCGCCAGCUUCAGUAUUGCCAUGAAUGGAACAGAAGCUCGUCUCUUUGUCUCCUAG